AUGGUAAUGGACGUCUUAUCCAGUUCUCCCCUGGACCCGCUUCUCGAGCUCAUCUCCCAAACCAUCGAGGCUAUCGUCGAGCUGGCCCUGUCCUCGAAAAACGUCCUUGUCGACGAGAAGAGCUUUGCCGAGCUCUCGUCCUACCUUGAGCGGCUCGUUCCCCUUUUGCGUGAGCUUCACACCGGGAGCAUAGCCUCUUCAGAAGGACUGACGAAUUUCAUUGAAGUUUUGAGCCGUGAGACUAAGGAGGCCAAGAAACUAAUCGCCGACUGCAGCCAAAGGAACAAGUUCUACCUGUUUGUGAACUGCCGCUCGAUCGUCAAGCAAAUCAAUCGCAUAACUAAAGAAAUCAGCCGCGCAUUAAGCUGUGUCCCUCUCGCCUCGCUAAAUGUAUCGCUUUCGAUCAAGGAGGAUAUCGACGAGCUCGUCAAUAGAAUGGAGAACGCGGAGUUUGAAGCUGCCAUGGAAAAGGAAGAGAUACUCGACAAAAUCGAGCUGGGAAUAAACGAGAGGAACAUGGACCGUGCGUAUGCCAAUAACUUACUCGUCUCGAUCGCGAAAGCAGUUGGGGUCCCGACUGACCGUACGGCAUUAAAGAAGGAAUUCGAGGAGUUCAAGAGUGAAAUCGAGAACCUGUGGUCGAGAAAGGACAAGGCAGAGGCCAUUCAGAUGGACCAAAUCAUUGGUUUGCUCGAGCGGGCAGACGUGACACUGUCCCUAGAGGACCGGCAGAAGAAAUAUCUUACAAAGAGAAGGUCGCUGGGCAUGCGACCUCUGGAGCCCCUCACGUCCUUCUACUGUCCGAUCACGAAGGAAGUGAUGACGGACCCAGUGGAGAGCCCGUCGGGCCAAACGUUCGAGCGGGUAGCCAUCGAGAGAUGGCUGAGAGAGGGGAACGGGUCGUUUUGUCCCCUGACGGGGACACCGCUCGACGUGACGAAACUGAGGCCGAACAAGACGCUGAGGCAGUCAAUUGAGGAGUGGAGGGAGAGGAACACGAUGAUCUUCAUUGGCUCGUUGGGGUCCAAGCUGGAGUUGGAGGACGAUGAGGAAGUGGUGCGGGCCCUGGACCAGGUCAAGGAUCUGUGUGAGGAGAGGGAGGUGCACAAGGAGUGGUUUGUUUUGGAAAAUUACAUACCCAAGCUUGUUGAGCUUCUUCAGAAUAAGAAUCGGGAGGUUAGGAGCCGGGCUCUUUCCGUGCUUUGCUUGCUGGUGAAAGGCAGCGAUGAUGCCAAGGAAAGAAUUGCCAACAUCGAGAAUUCGGUCAAGCCAAUUGUUGAGUUUCUCGGGCGUCGAUUUAGUGAAAGAAAGUUAGCAGUGACAUUACUGUUGGAGCUCUCGAAAUGUGAAAAUAUGCGUGAACGCAUAGGGAAGGCAAAGGGCUGCAUACUUCUUCUGGUGACCAUGUUAAGCAACACAGACCCACAGGCUGCCAUCGAUGCAAAGAGUGUCUUGGAGAAUCUUUCGUACUCAGAUGACAAUGUUAUCCUCAUGGCGAAAAGUAAUUAUUUUCAGUAUCUUCUAGAACGUCUCUCUUCAGGUCCCGAUCACGUUAAGAUGACGAUGGCAAGGACCUUGGGCGAGAUGGAAUUAACUGACCGUAAUAAAUCAUCCUUAGUUGAAAAUGGGGUGUUGGAUUUACUUCUCAUUUUGCUCUCCCAUGAAAAUGUGGAUAUGAAAAUCGUAGCCGUUGAAGCUCUUCUCAAUCUUUCUAGCUUGAAAACAAAUGGCCAAGAAAUAAUCAAGAAAGGCGCAGUCCGCCCAUUGCUGGACAUUCUGUAUCGCCAAACAUCAUCACAGAAACUGCGUGAGCUGAUAGCGGCUACUAUUGUUCAUCUUGCUCAGUCGACUGUACCUGAAGGCCCUGAUUCGGUGCCAGCUGCCAUGCUUGAAUCGGAUGACGAUAUCUCAGAACUAUUUUCCUUCAUUGAUCUCUCGGGCCCCAACCUGCAGCAAGACAUUCUCCGAGCUUUUCAUGCCAUGUGUCAAGGUCCGUCCACUUAUGUCAAGUUGAAACUAAGAGAGUGCUCAGCGGUGCAAAUGUUAUUCCAUUUAUGUGAGUCGGAUGACAUCAUCCUACGAGCAAACGCCAUCAAGCUUUUAUGUGCCGUAAGCGAAGACUGUGAUGGGUCCACAAUCACCGACCACAUAACCCAGGUAUCAGUCGAGACCUUGCUGAAAAUCAUCAAGGCCUCGCAAGACGAGCACGAGAUCUCGUCCGCGCUAGGCAUAAUCUCGAACCUUCCGAGAACACCCCAAAUAACCGAGUGGCUAUCCGAGUCCGCGAAUCUCCCCUCUCUUUUCAACCUGUUUCACGAUCACAAAAACAGCAUUCACCAGAAGCACCACCUAAUCGAGAAUGCGGUCGGGGCCGUCUCCCGUCUAACCAUCGAGACGUGCCCGGGACUACAGAAGAAAGUCGCUGAGGCAGGAAUUAUACCACUUUUGGUAAACUCGCUCAAAAUAGGGACAGACCUGACGGUCAAACGAGCCGCAGUAUCUCUGGGCCAGCUUUCUAGAAGCAGCCCCAGGCUGACGAGGCAGAUCCCGAGACGCAACGCGUUCUGGUGCUUUUCGGGCCUGCCUUACUCGACCUGCCCCGUGCACAUGGGCCUCUGCACUGUCGAGACCUCGUUUUGCCUGGUGGAGGCCUAUGCGGUGGAGCCCCUUGCGAGGGCUCUUAAGAAGCAGGAUCACGGGGUUUGCGAGGCCGCCCUGGAUGCUCUCCUCACUCUGAUUAGUGACGAGCUGUUGCAGAAUGGGUGCAAGGUGCUGGCGGAGGCGAAUGCCAUCCCGGAUAUGAUUAAGCUGAUUGGUAGUGAUUGUGUUGGGCUGCAGGAAAAGGUGUUGGGGGCUCUCGAGAGGGUAUUCCGGCUGUUGGAGUACAAGCAGAUGUACGGGACCUUGGCCCAGCACCCGUUGGUUGAUUUGACUCAGAGGGGGAAUAGCAGGUUGAGGUCUUUGGCGGCAAGGAUACUUGCGCAGUUGAAUUUCCUUCACGACCAGUCUUCUUAUUUCUGA